AUGGUCGAUGAAGAGAAGGAAGACGUGCUGAAGUCGGGGCCAAUCCGCUGUGUCGCCAUCGACGAUAGCUUCGCGCACCUCGCCACUACUGGUGAUGACAAGAAGCUGAAGGUCUGGCAACUUGUCGGCUUGAAGUUGUUGAGCACUCGGGAAUUACCCAAAAAGCCGACGGAGGUUGCAUUCACCCGUGACGGCUUGACCAUAUCGUGUCGGACAAGUUUGGAGACGUCUUCAGGUGAGUUCUAUCCCGUGUACCUCAAGCCGAAAUCACCAGACGUUACGCAGCCCGUUGCCGGCAGCUCGAAGCGCGGUGCACUCACAUCACACGAGAACCCUUCCAACGGCGAGCUUAUCCUUGGCCAUGUCUCGCUGCUCACGUCCUUCCUCCUUACCCCUGACGAGAAGCACAUCAUCACCGCUGACCGGGACGAGCACAUCCGUGUAAGCUGGUACCCCAAGGGAUACGUGAUUGAGCGGUACUGCCUCGGACAUGCAAAAUUCGUCUCGGCCAUACACAUCCCCGCGUUCGCUCCCGGAGUGCUCAUCUCCGGUGGCGGUGACCCGAUGCUCAAAGUGUGGGAUGGAUGUCCGCCGUACAUCAAGGUGAAGGCGCCGAAGAGGAAGCGCGGGUGGGACGAUGGCGAUGGUGAAGAUGGUGGUGCGGUGGAGAACAACACAGCGAGGAAGAAGAGGGGCAGGAAGGGGGACGCGGAGAACACUCCAGGGCCCUCGGAAGGCGCUGUCCAGGCUGAUGCGCACCCCGACGAGGCCGACAAAACAGUCCUCGUCAUACAAAAAAUCCGGACCGUCGAUUUGAGCAAGCGCGGCAAAGUUGUGCAGUUCAGCGCAGUUGGCGCUCUUCUACUGCCACUACCAGAACCAGGCGAGGAGUCGCCACCAAAAGUCCACGCAGUUGACUUCGGUCACCCAAUCAUUGACUUCACGCCGGGCGCUUACCAAUGCACUUGGGUACUGCUGGACGCUUCUAUAGGAGCGAGCGAAACAGGAACCGCCAAAAAGCAGUCUACAGUUUCAUUGGUCUCGUGGGCGUACGGUUCACCGGUUGUGGUGGACGACGAUGAUGCACCUGCCCUCCUCGAAUCACUUCGGACGACAUGCGUUCUGCCAGCCACAUCCGCAGACUUGAAGACUCUCGAUCUCUAUUCCGCACUCUCCUCCAUGCCCAAGAACGUCGACCCAGAGCACGACCCACUUCGGCGGGACCUUCUCGCGGAGGCAACGCCGGAGCCCGGCGCGGAGGGCUCAGCGGGACAGAAGGAGCUGACGCAGCGCGAGCAGGCUAGACUGAAGAAGAAGCGCGCGUUAGCGGCCAAGCUGGCUAAGGAGAAGGGGAAUGGCCUGACGGCGGAUGCCAUAGAGCGGCAAACUGAGAUUGAGGCGGAGGCGGAGGCGGAGAGGGAGCGCAAGCGAGUGAAGUCGUCUGGCGAGACGCUUGGUAGUGCUGUUGCUGGACCGGCAGAUGAUGCAAUGGAUGAGUCAUGA